AUGGCAGGAAAAUCAUCGCUUUUUAAAGUAAUUCUCCUUGGAGAUGGUGGAGUUGGGAAGACCUCUCUAAUGAACAGGUAUGUGACCAAUAAGUUUGAUACCCAGCUCUUUCAUACAAUAGGUGUGGAAUUUUUAAAUAAAGAUUUGGAGGUGGAUGGACAUUUUGUUACCAUGCAGAUUUGGGACACGGCCCGUCAAGAGCGAUUCAGAAGCCUGAGGACACCAUUUUACAGAUGUUCUGAGUGUUGCCUGCUCAGUUUUAGUGUCGACGAUUCUCAGAGCUUCCAGAACUUGAGUAACUGGAAGAAAGAAUUCAUAUAUUACGCAGAUGUGAAAGAGCCCGAAAGUUUUCCUUUCAUGAUUUUGGGCAACAAGAUUGACAUAAGUGAACGUCAGGUGUCUACAGAAGAAGCCCAAGCCUGGUGCAGGGACAACGGCGACUAUCCUUACUUUGAAACAAGUGCAAAAGAUGCCACAAAUGUCGCAGCGGCCUUUGAGGAAGGAGUUCGAAGAGUGCUUGCUACUGAGGAUAGGUCAGAUCACCUGAUUCAGACAGACACGGUCAGUCUGCACCAAAAGCCCAAGCCUAGCUCAUCUUGCUGUUGAUCGUUAGAGAGGUUGCCCAUGCGAUCUAACCAACUUACACACAUUCACAGAAAAACAAAACACGGUGGAGAAGAGAGUUAGCAUUUGCAGCAAUGGAUCAUCUACUCAUAAAAUUAAACUAACCAUAUUGCUGCUUUGUUAGUGGGUGGGAGAA